GUUUCAGAUUCUUCCUGUCCUGUUUAUUCUCUGCUUUGCAUCUGGCAACUCUGCAUGCAAGGAGGAGAGAUAACCAAGAGGAACAGGGUAGCUUUAUAAAGAGAGGAGUUGGUGGCCUGAAUCUACAGCUGGUGAAGAAGCAUUUUUCAGCAGAGAGACGGGCUGGUUUCCUUCUCACCAGGAUGUUCAAAUGUUGUUCCGGCUGCAGCCUGCUGUGUGUGGCUCUCCUGCUCUGCUUGGGGAGUGGGGUCUUUGGGACCAUAGACCCAGGAAAUCUGAAGAAAGUGAUCGACUACAUCAGAAAGUAUGGCACCAAACGUCAAUACGCUGUUGCUGUACGACUGGAUCUCCAAUCCUGUCAGAACCCUACAGAUGAGAACUUGGAAGCUGCUUUGCCCACGGUGACCAUGCAAGCGAUGAGACAAGCUAUUGGACAGGAAAAUGGCCUGUAUGCCCCAAAUCAGUUAGGGAAUAUUGUUGCAGCCAGGCCAAUAAUGGAUCACCCAAGACAGCACGCUGAAUUUCGCCUGCUGACUGGAGGCCAGAAUAGCUAUGUAUCCAGGUUGCUAGAAAACAGGGUUCUGGGUAGUUGUCUGGUCUUCUUCAGCAAAUUAUCUCCCUGUGUAGGCCGAUGUCUCAAUCAGAAUGAUGCAAGAAACAUUGUCCAGUGGCUCAACCCCCUUUUUGCAAGAAUCAAUCAAAAUGCCAAAGCUUUUGUCUUUGAGCUUGUUUAUCGUCUGGAUGCAGCCGAAGAUGCAAGGAUUAUGGUCAAUGCCUGGCAAAGCAUCCAGAAUGCCCCCCUCUUCCGCUGGUACUGGCGUGAUCAAGUUUGCGUCAAGUGUUUUGAUAACAACAACAGAGUUGAUCAGAGGUGCUUGGAAUAAACCCCACCUGCUAACUUGGCAAAGAGGCACCUUUUAAUGUGAUGAUUCUCUUUAUUUAGCAGGGGGAGAGUACAUGACCCUUUCCACCUCCAGCAAAGUACCUCCCAUGAUUGUUGCUGGUGUCUAUCUUAUGUUUCUCUUAGAUUGUGAGACCUUUGGGGACAGGGAUCCAUCUUAUUUAUUGAUUAAUUAUCUUUGUAAAUUGCCCUGAGUCUGUUUUGGAAGGGUGGUAUAGAAAUCGAAUUAACAACAACAACAACAAUAAUAAUAGUAAUAAAUAAAUAAAUAACUAAAUAAUUGUGGCACCUUCAGUUAGCCAACUGGCCUCCUCAGCUAGAUGGCCUUUAAGAAUCAAGGACCCUGUCAGCCCUGGUUUUUCCAGACUAAGCUUUGCAGGCUAUUUUGCUAGUUCCAUGCUUUGCUAUUGGAUCAAUAAAUGUUCAGAGCCUA